AUGUUGCCAUCGACGGGCGUCCUGCGCACGGCUCUGUUGGCCGGACACGUCGUGGCAAAGCCCGUUGUGGGGUGCACGCGGACGCCGGCAUCUUCAAGCCAUUCACGAGGGCGACCGCCAUCCUUCGGUCCCAUCGCGGCAGCAGUUGGUGCCAUGGCUCUCGUGGCCGGGUCACGCAAGGUCAGUGUUCGUCUAGGCGUCGCGGCAAUGAAGGCCUCACGCGAAGCCGCCGACGGCGACGAGGUGUACGUCAAGUACGAGGGCAGGCUGGCCGAGGACGGCACCGUCUUUGACUCGUCAGAAGGCGCCCUGCGACAUCAUGUGCUUGACAACUUUGCUGUGUCUAUUCUCAACCUGGUCAGCACUGUGGGCGGAUACACCUGUAAGAAGCACUAUAUGGCCCGAAAGGUCAUUAUGACUUUUGCAUGA